GACUUGCAGCAGACCUCAUUUUAAACUGAAUAUAAAAGUCAGCUCGCCAACGCCUCGGGUGGCGCCAGUUUUGAACAGUGCUGUUUUGAGUUGUCGGGCUGCAUUUUCUGGGUGUCGCCGGGAUUACAGAACGCGAUGACCGUCCCCUCUGCACAGGAGCUGGACUCCUACAAGUACAGUGACCUGCAGAAUUUAGCCAAAAGGCUGGGCCUCCGUGCUAACCUGAGGGCAGACAAGUUGUUAAGAGCCUUGAAAGCACACCUGAAUCCAGAAACAAGGAAAGAAAAUACAGAUCAGGAUGAAAAUCAUUCUUCUGCGGUCUCCUGUGACGAGGCUGAGACACAAGUUAACAGUGAGGAGCAAGCUGAUAGGGAAUCAGUCGGUCAUGUCACCAAAACGAGGAGGAGGAAGCGCAAGACCAUUCAUGGAAUCCCUAGCUUCCAGGUGAGCCGCACUGAUCAUUCUGAGAUAAAAGGAGAUGAUUUUACUACAUCCCAGAAUCAAGAAAAUAAGGAAAACCAAGACCUCAGAAGUACUACAGAAGUUCCUUCUCUGCCAGACCAGAGCCAAGAAGAUGAGAGUGCAGUCUCCUCAGGAAAAAGUGAAAUUAGUGACAGUAAAGAUUCAAAGAGGCCUUUGGGAAAAAGAUCUCCAUGCACAAAUCAGUUUUCCAAGCUCGGGAACAAGAAAAGGACUACAGUUACUACACCAAACUUUAAGAGGCUUCAUGAGGCUCAUUUUAAGAAGAUGGAAUCCAUUGAUGAAUAUAUUGUGAGAAAAAAGAAACACCUUAAAGAACACAAUUCACUUAAUGAACUAAAGCUUGACAAAAAAGGGAUAGUGACUCCAGUUCCACCAAGAGGAAGACUCUCUGUACCAUGUACUCCUGCCAGGCAGCAGUUCUCACAGGGCCAGUCAGCCACGAAAAUGAACGUUAGGUUCUCCGCUGCUACAAAAGACAACGAGCAUAAGUACUCAUUGACCAAGACUCCAGCCAGAAAGUCUCCACAUGUGCCCAUCCCUGGGAGUGCUUCCACAGCCGGGACUGUGCUCAGGACGCCCAGGGGAAAGACCACUGAGAGAAAUUCUACUGCAGUUAUUACUCCAUUUAAGUUGACAGCUGAAGCAACCCAGACUCCACGCUCUAGUAAGAAAGCAGUAUUUGAUCUCAAAGCAAGCUUGUCCCGUCCCCUCAACUACAAGCCACACAAAGGAAAGCUGAAACCUUGGGGGCAAUCUAAAGAGAAUAAUUCUCUGAAUGAAUGUGUAAGCAGAGUUAGCUUCCACAGGAAAAAUUACAAACAACCUCAUUUCCAUAACAGGGAAGAACAACGGAAGAAGCAUGAGCAAGAGCGAAAGGACAGGAGAGCGAAGGCGAUGGAAGCUCGAAGAAACUUGCCUGUGACUAAAGCCCAGUAGCCCUGUCGGCUCCUUCACUCCCAGCUUGUUUCCCUUCUGUAAAUGUU